AUGAAUAAAAUAAAAAAAAAAAGAAAACACACAUAUAUGGGAGAGGGAGAAAAUAAUUUAUCAGAAGAUGGCGUUAGGAAAUUUAAUAAUAAUUUUGAUAAAAAUGUUAGAAGAAAUCUUUUUAAUUUACCAAAAAUAAAAGGGAAUGGGAUUGUAAUUUAUGAUGAAGAUGAUGAUAAUUAUAAUGAAAAUGAAGAAAAAAUAAGACAAAAAAAAAAAAGUAAAAAAGAAGAAAAAAGAGAACAAAAAUUAAAAAGCAUGUUAUACGAUAUGAAUAAAAAAAAAACAAAAAUAAUUAAAAGUUCAAUAGAUGAGGAAAUUAUUAAAAUAUCAAAUAAAAUGAAUAAUUAUAAAGAUAUUAAAAAUAUUAUUGCUGAUAUAUGUAACAAUAUUAUGGGUGAUCAAACUAUGUAUAUCGAUAAAUUUGAAUUGCUUUUUUAUAUUUUACAAGAAGCAAUAAAACGAAAAAAAAAAAUAAUUAACAAAGAAUCACCAAAUUCGAUCUCAAAUAACUAUUCUGAUAAUUCCAAAGAUGAAUAUAAAACAAAAUAUAAUUAUUUUGAAGAUAUUAGUAAUGUAGCUUCUAUUUCCAUAUGUACCGUUUUAAAAUGCAUAACACCAUCAUAUAAAAUCAUAAACAUGAAUAAUGAUAGCAAUAGCAAUAGUAGCAACAAUUUAAGCAAAGGCAAACAAAAUAAUUCAUCUAAUAAGUUUUCAAAAAUAAUAGAAAAUGUAAAUAUUAUAGAAGAAAAAAUUGUGAAAUAUUUUAAAAAAUUUUGCAAUAUAUUAAAAGAUAAAAUUAAACAUAAUACUAUUGUUUAUGUAAAUUUAUUAUGUGAAAUUAUAACAGUUAAUUUACAUUUAUCAAAAAGUGAAAAUUUAUAUGACUUGUUAAUUAUUUAUUCCAAUUCACACACAUAUAAUAAUAAUAAUAUAAAAUAUAACAAAUCAAAGGAAAAUGAUAAAAUUAUUAAAAAAAAUAAUAACUCCGAAAUGAAUAUAAAAAUAUUGUGUAUGAAAUGCUUGAAUACUAUUAAAGAAAUAAUUGAUAAUGAUUCUAAUUUAUCCAUUACAAUUUAUUUAAUAGAUUAUUUUGUUAAUAAUUUAUUUAAAAAUAAUUGUAAAAUUAGUUCUGACUUGUUAAGAAUAUUUUCAAAAAUUAAAAUUUCAGAAAAAAAAAUUAAUGCAAAAUUAUACAGCCAAGAUGUGAUAAAUAACAUUUCAAUCUUAGACAAAGAUAAUAAUAAUAAUGAAGAAAUAAAUGCAAAAACAAAUAUAUGUGGUGAAUUAAAAAUAAUAGAAAAAAAUACAGAAAAGAUAUUGGAAAAUCUUUUUUUUGUUUAUUUGUGUGUGUUAAGAGAACAUAAUAAAUAUUCUACAAUUUUUGUAAAAAAUGUAUUAUAUGCUAUAUCAAAUUAUGCUCCAUAUAUUAAUAAAUUAUUAAUGGAUGAUGUAUUUCAAGAGAUAAAAGCUUUAGCAAUAGGAGAUGACAAAAAGGGGUUUAAUAAAAAUGAUGAAAAUAAUAAAAAUAAUGAAAAUAAUAAAAACAGUGUAGUAUCUUCAAAUUCUUUAAAAUUAACAGCUAUUCAUAUAUUCCUUGAAAUAUUAAACAAAACAAAUGAUAAUAUAUACAUCGAUUGUUCAUGGAUUGCUCAAUCUCUUAUUGAUUUAUUAGAUUCAGAUUUGUCACAUUUUUAUGUAGGAUCAUCAUGUUAUCUUUUCGAAAAUACAAAUUUUAUUUAUACUAGUUUUUUAGACACUAAGAAUAACAAUUAUUUGAUAGAUGCUUCAAACAAUAUAGAAUCACAAGAAAGCAAAUAUAAUUUUCCAUCAGAAUUAUUAUAUUGUAUUCAUUUACUUUUAAUAACAAAAAAUUUUACUACAAAUUAUAAUACGUUUAAAUCUAGUAAUAAUCAAUUAUUAGCUAAAAUUGUGUACAAGUUAUAUAAUGUAUCAAUACAUUCAGAUUAUAUAAUAUCUUUUUGUUUUUUAAAACUAAUUAAAAACAUUCUUGAUAAAUAUCCUUUAGUCAAAUCAAUUAUCGAAAUGGAUGGAAUUACAAUAUCUAUUAUGGAUGGUAAUUUAUCAGUUUUUUUUCAAAAUAUAUAUUUCCAUUCUUUUUAUUUUAAUAAUGUAUCAUCACUAGCUUUUGACAUAUCCUUAAAUGAUUCUAAUGAUAUAUAUAAAACUGAAAUAAAUAAAUAUAUGAAUAUAAAUAACAUUAUUGGACAAAAUAAAAUUAUUAAUUAUAAUCUUAGUUUAAGAGAAAAAAAUAUUAUUGAUAAAAAUAAAAUAUUUAAUUAUAAUUCUAGUGAUAUAUUUUAUAAAAAUAAUAAAUAUUCCAAUCUUGAUAAUAAUAAAUUUAAACAUACAAAUAACGUUUCUUAUAAUUCAUCUACAAAUGUUAAUAAAACUUUGUCAUUAAAUUUUGCAAAUCCACACAUGUUGAUGGCUAUAGAUUUCGUAGAAAUUGUUUUUUCACCAUAUAAUGAAUUUAUAAAAAGCUUUCAAAUAAAUUUACUUCAAACCGACAAACAUAGUAAUACAGGUAGCGAUGCCGAUAAUGGAAACAGUCACAGCCAUCGGAAAGUCAGAAAAAUAACCAAAAAUAAAAAAAGCAAGAAAAAGAAGAAAAAAAAUAGGAAAAAAUAG